UUUUGAUAAAAACAGCAAUAGUGGGCAUUGCAGAUGGGUGACAUGACAACCAACAUAUCACUUACAAAAUCAAGGUCAUCAGGAUCUGUAAUGUGUUGUGUUCAGACAAAGUCGAGUCACUUCAAACAAUGCAAAGGAGGUGAGAGUAACAAUUCUAUCCAACACCCUACUUUCUUUAAAACACCACACAUUCAAUAUUGUGGUGAUUGUAAUUUAGAAGCAAACAUAUGUCGUACCUCAGGAUUCGUAUCUAAUAUAAGGCCAUCAAUUCGAUACAACUGUAAACUUGAUGAGAAAGACAACCCAGCCUUCAGAAACAUACUGAGCGGUAAUUAUCUUUCUACAAACCAUAAAGAUUUUUUGCCGUAUUCCAUGCCAUCUGGCAAAGAAACUUUACCUUACCUUACAAAUCAACUAUCAAACGAAACAAGCGUAUCAAAAGUCUUUUCGAUAGGAAACAAUCUUUUUGAACAGAAAUUUAAAGAUAUCUUUGCUCCAAUACUACCAAAGGGAAAACUUGUACUACCAACAAAAGCAGGUCCUUGUAACAUCGAAGACGAAAACUUCCGUCAUGGCCUUUAUACAUAUUCUAUGACCGACGUAGUACAUUACACUCGAAUUGAACCAAGACCGUGUAAGUUAAACGCUGUAUCUCCAAUCCCACUUUCUCUGAACAGAAAGUUAAAUGAUAUGUUCAAAGUUGCUGUCGGUCGUAAGGAAGAAUCUGGAUCUACUCGUAGUAUAAGCAACUUUAAUGCAAUCAGCAACCGUUUCAGAUACUCGUUUACAACUGUUCAACCAGGUUGGAAAACUGACAAAUUAGCAAGCCAAACUGCUUAUAUGAGUGAUUUUAGACCUUUUUGUCAUAAAAAUGGUUCUGAGCCUUUCUCAAAUUGGGUAGGCGACUUAUCGUACCAGAAGCCAACUGAUUAUGUUAUUCAAAAUAAAAUUUGGCCUGAAUACAAAAGUCAUCAUCCAUAUUAUAUUGUAACUAGCAGUGCAGUCCAGAAGGUUUGUUUUAUCCUACUUAAUAUCGAUCAGCUGAACGGACCUGGAUUGCUGUAUUGAUAUUCAUAUUGGAACUUGAGCUCAGUACCUAUCACUUCAAGCUCCGAGUCAAUCCAUAGGAUCAGCAUCAUUGUUAACCCCACUUUGGUCUUGUAAUUGAACGGUACUGGCUUUGAUUCUCAGUGUAAACAAUAGAAUGGAUAAAAUUGUGUUCAGCUUAGUCAUCCAAUACGAAAUUAAUCGCACUACCUGGUUUCCACUGUCAACCACAAUCCAUUCAAACAUGAAAGUCUGGAAAACUGUAGUACUUUGUAUUUCAAGAAAAAACUCAUAAAACACUUCCUCUAUCUCUUGUCAGGAGGUUUGAAAGCUUUUGCUGCAAUUGAUGCAUUUAGAGUUGUAAGGAUAAUAAUAUUUGUCAGCCAAGACAUUAUUCAUCUCAUUAUAUUACUGUCAAAUACUUGAUUCUGGAGGCUACUUAAGACAUGAUGGUAUAACAAUAAUAGAUGUUGAUGAGAUCAAUAUUAAAUAACCUAGUUAUUCAUUCUUUCGCCAUCAAACUAUUUAGGUAUUUAAGCACUCUGAGGAUUUUCCAGAAGUUUAUUUGGAAAAGUUAAAGAGGAAGGAUUCAGCCAAAUAUCAAAGUGCUACUCAUGAAUCCAAAGAACCAAGUACAACAAAGGGCUCACAGAA